GCAUUUGGUGCACUCUUCCUUCUUUCUGUUAAUAUUCUCCCAUUUUGCGCCGGACCGGCUUCCUUGAGCCAUGAAGGACGAAGGCUGGCAAUUAUGGACAGCAGCCUGGGGAGCUGCGCUUUGCGUCCUAUUUUAUUUGGGUUUCGUGCGGCGCGUUACGGGUGCUUCCGGCACGGCUUUUCACCCCCGGCGGUCGGGCCGCGCCGAAAAAUCUAGGAGUCUGCCUGUGGACGCGUGGUCCCCCAGACUAUCUGGCUUUCCUCUACAGCUUUGUGUGCACCUGGCCAAUACAGCUUUUGGACAACUUUUCCUAGUGCCACUUUUAAUGCAGAUGAACAAUUUUACUAUCCUGCGCUACCUUGAUAUUCCUGAAGAUCCUACUUUCAUGCCAGUGGUGGCUGCAGAAGGAAAAGAGGACAAUUUAGAAUCAAAAAAUGUCUCAGCAAUUCUCCAAAGUUUGAUGGAAGCAAGUUCAUGUUUUGCAAGCUCUGCUUUCAGAUUUAAAGGGAUUCAGGAUUACUUGAAUUGCUACAGAUCUGGGGAGGUAACACCACGGCAAGUUGCCAAGAACAUUAUUGCUGCUCUGAAAGAUGUUGGGAAAGCAGGUCUUAACCUCCAGGCGAUUGUUCAGUGGAAUGAGGAGGAGAUAAUCAAGAUGGCUGAGGAAUCCACAGCUCGCUACAGAAGCAAGCAGCCCCUCUCACUCUUGGAUGGAAUCCCAGUGUGCUUAAAAGAAGAAAUUAAAGUGGUGCCCUAUCACCAUCGAAGUGGAACAAUAUACUUGGGCACAAAGCCGGAGACGGAAGAUGCCACUGUGACAAAGAAACUACGGGAGGCUGGUGCCAUUAUCAUUGGCAUCUCGAACAUGCAUGAAUUGGGUAUUGGGACCACUGGCUGUAAUCCCAAUAGAUAUCAUGGUACAGCUAGAAAUCCAUACAAUCCCCAGAAUUUUACUGGUGGUAGUUCUAGUGGAUCAGCAGCAGCAGUGGCUGCAGGCCUCUGUCCAUUGGCUGUUGGUACCGAUGGAGGUGGUUCUGUGAGGAUCCCAGCUUCUUUCUGUGGCAUUGUGGGACUGAAAGGUACCUUUGGACGGAUCAGUGGAUUUGGUUGUCAUAAUCUCUCAUAUUCUACUGUUGCUCUUGGCCCACUCUGCACUUCAGUUGCAGAUGCUGCGAUUGCUUAUGCUACCUUGGCUGGACCAGAUUUACAGUAUCCGUAUGGAUUAUGCCAACCUGAACCAUCCUUCUCAGAAAUCCUCACCCCUGAUCUGAAUGGUUUAAAAUUGGGGAUUGAUUGGAGUUUCUUUAAGGCAUGUGAUACUGAAAUCAUAGCUGUCUGCCAAAAAGCGGUGGAGUUCCUAGUGGAUUUAGGAGCCUCAGUGGUUGAUAUAUCUCUGCCAGAGAUGGAAGAGGUUCGAGUGGCUCAUGUAAUCUGCAUUCUCAGUGAAAUGAGGGAUUUCCUACAGUCUGACUUCAACAAUCAGUUUGAACAAAUGAAUUUGGAGACUCGUUUGAAUCUUGCAAUUGCUUCUCAGUUCACAGCCCUGGAUUAUAUUAAGGCAAAUCGGCAGCGGAGCCGUACCAUAGCUUUCUUGCAAAAGAUUUUUGGAAAGGUGGAUUGUCUCCUUACACCAGGUACUGCAUGUUGUGCCCCAGCAAUCCAUGGAUCAGACCUCCUGACUGGAUGUAGUGAUGUUCAAACAACUCUGCAGGCCAUGAGAUACAUGCAGUUGGCCAACUUGACAGGCAUUCCAGCCCUAGUGGUACCAGUUGGAUAUACAGUUUCAGGGCUUCCCAUCAGCCUUCAGAUCAUGACAAAGUGGUGGAAUGAAGCGUUGCUGUUCCAGAUAGGUCUGAAGCUGGAGCAAUUUCAUGGCACACCCGCAAAACCAAUACUUUACUAUGAUAUUCUGGGAUAAUACGGCCAGCUUCAGUAUUCCUUAACAGUUCCAAUCCAAUUGUCUGUUUAGAGUAUGAAUGGCUUAAGGCAGGAAAGUUAGAAAUGCUUUCUGGUUAGAGUCACCAGCUCCCAUAAAAAUAUACUGAGAAAAUUAAAUUGGAAUGAAACAGUAACUUACUAAAGGAUAUAUAGCAUUGUAGGUGUCUGCAAAGUUUAGUUUGUACUGAUACCAAUUGUUCAUAAACAUCCAGAUGCUGCAGUGUCUCGGACAGAGCAAAUUUUAUUCAGACACAUCGCUAUUGUCUCUGUAUGGAUACGUUUUGAGCAUGUGAUGUUUCAGCAUGUAUAGUAUAGUAUAGUGUAUCAUAGCAUUGGUAUUUUUCUUGCAUGGAAAGUUGUUAAAAAGAGUGAUGCACAAAUAGUUUAAAAAAAAAAAACAACUCUGACAAACGCCUAACCAAAUAUAUCCUCUGGUGGUAUCACCCAGUUGUAUUUCUCUAUAGUUCAGCAGAAUGAUUUCCUAUGUCAAAAGGAAAGCUUAUUACUUUACCAGUUGCUAUAGGUUUGUGCAUCCAUGUUUCUUUUCGAAGUAACAGAAAGCAAUUGAUUCAGAAAAUAUGAUGGAAGAUAUUAAUACACUGCCUCUGCUGUUAUUAAUACAAUACAGUAUUGCAUUGUAAUUUAUUUGUUCACAGUGAAGGCUCCAAAGUUUGGGAUUAUCUACUUGUCAAUACAAUAUUCAGAGAACUCUGGAAUGUGCCAUUUCUUCUCCUGACCAUGUGAAUGUGGCUGUUCUGAUGAUUGGUCUGGCAGUUUUUCAGAGAUUUAUAUUCUGAAGUUGAAGUUCAGGUGUGCCUCAGAAUAGUAUUUAAGAAGCCAUUGAAAAUAAUAUAAACAUUAUCAUCCUGAACCAAGUAUUGUAAGGACAACCUUAGGACAACCAAUACUGAAGACAAGAGAAUUUUUUCAGAAAUAAUCUUAGGGAUACUUAUAGGUGUUGUGAUAAUAUUCACCAGAUUGGUUGACUUUUGCUGUUGAUGUUGUCAACGGGAUGAAAUGGGAGAGUUCAAACCCUGGGCUUGGAUCUGGAGCAGUGCAGUUUGAGAACCACAGUUCUCAAUAGAUGUUUACGCUGAAUAAUAGAAAGGGGCAUUUUUUCAAGCCCCACCUUACACAACAGGCUGUGUUUAAUGGGGGGGGAGGGAGUGUUUACAUAUAGUGCUGGUUUGUUUUGGGUUUAGGAGUGGUAGUCUCAAAUUAAUGUCAAAUUGAACAAUCUGAGGGAGUAAACCUCUGUAAGCAAGUAUCCAUUCUCCUUUAUCCAUUUCUGUGUAAACGUUCCGCAAAGUUUAUGACUAUCAGAUUAAAAUUUACAAUUACUGUAUGUGCUCCCUGAUAAUGAAUGGUGUGAGCACACAUAUUGUUGAAUUUUUAAGACAGUAAAUCUGGUUUCUUGUAAAAGCCUCUCUGUUCUUAAACCUAAAUAGAGUAUUCUGGUAUACAGUAGAUAUAAAGCCCCCAGUACACUUAUUCAAUAUUUAUCUUUGCAAAAACUGUCAAAAUCAAGCUAUGUCACAGAAUAAGCCAAUAAAAGGAGGAAAAUGGAAUACAUAUUCUCCCUUAAGAUUAAUAAAAGAAAAUGCAAGGUUAGUUGAGUAAUGCACAUCCUGAAUGUGUGUGUUUUGAAAAAGUCAUUAUUGUCAAAUUUUAUAAGACUACUGAGACAAGGGCGUCCAACAAAGGAUUCACAACCUUUUAUAGCAUUGUUUUUCCUGCUCUUUUAUGUAUUUUAAAUGGUAUUUCUGUAGCCUUUUUAUUUCUGCAUGUGGAUUUUUUUGUUUUUGCUACUCAACAUUUUGCCACAAUGUAGUAUGGCCACUAAUACAUUCCAGAAAAGCAAGAAACGGAGCAUCUAUAAGCAGGAAGUAGGUGAUCAUGCUUGUGCCUAUUGCAGUAAGAUUUAAGCCCAGAACUUCUGUGUGGUUGCAUGCAUAAACUACUAGAGAGAAGGACUUAUUCCUCACUCCCAACUUGUCUAUAAUUAUUUCAUUUUGGAAAAAAUGUUAAGGUGUUUAACUUGUACCCUUCUGAUGGAAAAAAACUGUUCUUUAGUUCUCAUACUGCUCUGCAGUUCUAUAGGGCUAAUAUCUGCUGCUGUGCACACUAUCAGCUAUCCUAAAGUCUUAUCACAUUGUAUAG